ACAGUGGGGCUUAGGAAUUGAUACUGUGGUUGAGUAUACAAAACGUAUAGUAACAGCUAUUAAUUCAAUUGGAAAUACAUAUGUACAGUGGCCUGAUUCUAUUGAGCGACAACAAAUUAGCAGUAGAAUAGAGCAAUUAUCUGGAUUUAAAGGUUGUGUUGGAUUUCUUGAUGGAACCGAUAUUGUACUUGAAUACAAACCACUAAAAGAUGGGGAAACUUACUAUAAUAGAAAAAAGAGAUAUGCUCUAACUGUACAAUUAAUUUGUGAUGAUUUAAAAUUCAUCCGAUUUGCAAACUUUGGAUGGCCAGGAUCUGUUACAGAUUCAACUGCUUAUAAAUCUACUCCACUUUAUCAAGAACCUACUAAAUUUUUUAGUAAAUAUGAAUAUGUAUUGGCAGAUUGUGGUUAUCAGCUUACUCCAACAACAAUAAUCCCUUACAAACAACCACAAGCUAAUAUUUAUACAAAUGCAAUUUUUAAUGAAAUGCUUGCAAAAGAACGUGUCAGAAUUGAACAUGUUAAUGGUAUUUUGAAAGGAAGAUUUGGAUGUUUAAAUGGAAUUAGAACACAAAUUUUAUCUAAAAAACAUUUAAAAUUUGUUUUAGAUAUUAUUAAAACAACAAUUAUUCUUUAUAAUUUAACAUUAAAAAAUAAAGAUAUUUGGGAAGAAAAUAUAAAUGAAACAAAUUCAAAUUUAACAAUUGCAAAUAAUUUAUUAAAUAAUAAUUUAAAUGAAGAAGCAAUAUCUUUUUCAAUUGUUAUUCAUUCUUCUUCAAUUUUAAGACUUUUUUGUUUUGUAUUAAAAUAG